UGCGAGUCGAGAAUCGCGCCCCCUCCAGCCGGCUAAUUAGCGCGCAACGUUGCAUUGCAUUCCUGAGUUGUAAUUAUCCAAGUCUAGAGCUACGGAAAGACGAACGUGUGUGUGGGGAGGGACGAAUUUGCAGUCGUGUCAAUCACUGAGUUUUAGUCUAGAGUGAGUAAACAACUAGCUAUGAGAAACUCGUGUCUCCAUCGAGGAUCGUGAAAAAGGAGAUAGAGAACAACUUGCAAGACAUCUCCAGGAUAUUUGAAGUUGAAUCCUCUCUCCUCAAGAAGGUCUCGGGCCACCGUUCCAUAGUCCCUCCACCCACCAUCCACAUCCUCAACUUUGCAAACCAUUUCCUUCAACUGUUCUUCUCCCAUCUUCCUGAACACCAGCAACCUCCACUGACAGAACUGUUCUUUAGUGGGACGUGCAGCGAGGCGUACAUAUUCCCUCUCUUCGGUGUUACUAUGGCCACUAAGAUAAAGACUGGACUGACACCAGAGAGGGCGGUACGCUAUGCAUACCAGCUAGCUGACACAAUGUACUAUCUACAGCAGAGAGGAGUAAUUCAUCAGACUCUGCUGCCUGAAAACAUACAGGUCACGUCAAACGACAAAGUGAUGGUGUGUAAUUUUGAGACUGCAAUACAGACUGACCCUGCCACCUGCACCCUCCUCGUCUCUCACAGUCUCAUCGCCCCUAGCAACCGCAUGGGACUCUCCCCCGAAGUCCUCAAUACCUUCAACAGAAGAGAUGCAGAGAUAGUUGACUACUCCACACAAUACCCCUGGAAUUUCGGAACUCUUUCUGUCAUCAUGGCUACAGGUCUACAUCCACUGAGGAACUACCCCGGACGCUAUCUGAACGAGGGAAAGGUCAAAUAUCGCUCACACAACUACCAAAAUCUGCCUGACAUCAACAAAUACCCCUCCCUGUUCUGUCGGCUGGUGAAGAGAUCUCUGUCAUGUGACCCAGUCCGCCGACCAACCCUCUUCCAGAUCACCUCCAUCAUGAAGAAAGACUCACGCACACUCACUAUGAUGUCAUCGAAUGGCAGAGGAAAGACAAGUGUGGGAGCAAGACAAUCAGUUCAUCGCAGAGACUCUGCCAGAGAGCAUUCAGAGGUGGAGAGAAGCAGAGAACAAGGUACAGAAAGUCUU